AUGGCGCCUUCUGCCCUCCCAACAAACGGAAACUCCUCGAGUUCCUCAAGUCCCAGGAUUCUGAUCCCAGAGAAAGUCUCUCCCGAUGGACUCGCUCUUCUUGUACCCCACUUCGACAUUGACCAACCCAGAGGCCUCUCCGCUGAAGAGCUCAUCUCCAUAAUCCCCAACUACCACGCCCUCGUCAUACGCUCCGAGACAAAAGUCACAGCCCCCGUCCUUGCAGCCGCCAAAAACCUCAAAGUUGUCGCUCGAGCUGGUGUCGGCGUCGACAAUGUAGAUGUCGAUGUAGCUACCACACACGGUAUUAUUGUUGUCAACAGCCCCAGCGGAAACAUUGUGGCAGCAGCCGAACACACCAUCGCCCUUCUCAUGUCCGUUGCCCGCAACGUGCCAGCUGGAGACCGAAAUCUCCGCAAUGGAGGGUGGGAACGCAGUCAACUCGUGGGCACAGAAGUUGGCGGCAAGAUACUUGGGAUUAUCGGUCUAGGGAAAGUAGGAUGGAAAGUCGCUCGCAUGGGUGUAGGACUCGGCAUGACCGUUUUGGCUCUCGAUCCCUACGCAAGUCCCGAAAUCGCAGCCUCAGCUUCUGCUACCCUUGUCUCGGACCUGCCUUCUUUACUUCCGAAUGUGGAUUUCCUUACUAUUCAUACGCCGCUUAUUGCUAGUACGCUGGAUCUGAUUGGGAAGAAGGAACUUGAGACUAUGAAAAAGACGGCUAAGAUUCUGAAUGUGGCUAGAGGCGGAGUGUAUAACGAGGCUGCAUUGCUCGAAGCUCUUGAAAACGGUACUAUUGCAGGUGCAGGCCUUGAUGUCUUUACAUCCGAACCUCCCGCUGCGGGCUCAGCAGCUGAAGCACUCUGCCGGCAUCCCAAAGUGGUCGCUACACCGCAUCUAGGUGCAAGUACCGUUGAAGCACAAGAAAAUGUGUCCAUGGACGUCUGUGCUCAAGUCCUUUCAAUAUUGGAAGGAGGACUACCUACGAGCGCUGUUAAUGCGCCGUUGAUAUUGCCAGAGGAGUAUAAGAAACUACAGCCAUUCGUGAAGCUUGUGGAGAAAAUGGGUGGGCUUUAUACGCAGCAUUAUACUUCUCAGGGGAAAGUCGGCACUGCUUUUGAUCUGGUGUAUGAAGGCGAGUUGGCUACCAUUUCCAACACUAGGCCAUUGUUUGCGGCGCUCGUUAAAGGUCUUACGUCGUCGAUUUCGGAUAGUGGUGGCCGGGACGUGAAUAUCGUGAAUGCGAAUCUGAUCGCGAAGCAAAAGGGGAUCGUGAUUAAUGAAAUCCAUACCCGGGGUGGCUCGGCUGGGGAUAUGGUUUACGCCUCUCUGGUUACGCUAAGGGCGAGUGGCCAGGGGGAGGGCAUUAUCAGUGGAUAUGUAAGUGGGAAGUCUAUAUUCAUCUCGAGACUUGAUCGGUUCAGCGCGUCGUUUGUGCCAGAGGGAACCCUGCUUAUUUUACACAACUAUGAUCGUCCUGGAAAGAUUGGGGGAGUGGGGAAUGUACUUGGGAGAGCGGGCGUGAACAUUAGGAGUAUGAAUGUUGCGGCACUGGAGAAGGGAGCUGAGGACGAGGACGAGGGCGAGAGCGAAGGAGGAGAGGAGAAUGAGGCUUUGAUGAUUUUGAGUGUGCAGGGGGAGGUGGGGAAGGAUGUUGAGGCAGCAUUGAGGGAGGAGAAGGGGGUUCUGAACGUUAGUGUCGUUCAUCUCUAA